AGUGUGGUGGCUCCGGGCUUCGCGAGCGCACGUGGAUUAAGCUUCUCCGUUACACGCUUAGAGAAAUUACGAAAACUAUUACAAUUAUCGUUCUAGUGCUCUAGUGUAGGUAUGUAUUAGUGUAUAAACGUGGUUGUGAACAUUUAGAAAUUAAUAAUCUCGGUGCGUGCUGUGUACUGCUUAACAAAUUAGAAUUUUAAUUAACAAAAAUUGUGAUUUUUUUCAUUAAACUCAAAUCGGCAGUUUGUGCUCUAGAUUCCUUGUAAAUGUAGCAGUAGAAACUUUAAGGGUUCAUAACACUGCGUUGCACUUCUAUCUACAAGAGAUAUAUGGGGGAAAUCGAAACAGCUAUUAUUAGCCCCUAAAGAAGCAUUAAAACAGCACUUUAAAGAUUUAAAAUUGGGGACGCGGCUCCGUUAAAGUAAGUUAGAUAAAACACAGAAAGGACGAAUUAUGUCACAAAACAAAGGAAGGUAACAACAGCUCUUAAAAUGGAUAUAGAUCAUGUGGUGCUGGAUAAAGAAGCAAUCAAUCGUUUCGAACAGUAUACGUUGGCAAAGCCAUCGCUAAACGGGGGGAUCCCUUUGGACAGAUGCCAAGACGCCGACUCCAUGCUCUCUAAUAGCAGGAAGAGAGCACAAAUAUCACGCCAAAAAGUUGUUUGCUGCUUUUGUUUCAAAACUACGAAAUACAGGAGAAAACAAUUCAUUAUAGGAUCGCUUACAAAUGUCGUUAUAUUCGCUAUUUUGUUGGCGUAUACUUUCCUCGGCUCUUUUGUAUUCUUAGCUAUAGAGGGAGGUGUGGAAAUACCGGUCAGACCUCGCCUGUUACCGGACAGACAAAAAAUAAACAACAAAAGCGAGAAUGCCACAAGAAAGAAAUACCCGGACGACGAUUACGACUACGGUAACUUGACAUUAUCAGCGAAUUAUUUCUGGGACGCGAGAAGCAGAGCAGUCGAAAACAUUUGGGAGAUAACCGUCUCACUAAAUAUAUUGUACAGAGAGAAUUGGACGCGGUUGGCUGCACAGGAGAUACUGAAAUUUCAAAACGAGCUGGUGCAGAGGGUGACUACUGAAAUGGCGUCACAAUAUGGCGUUAGUUACAGAGAAAUGGCUCUUGGAGAAUUUGGCGGGAACGAAGCCAGUAACCAUUAUGAGGAGCAUGAGUGGAAUUUAGCCUUAGCAUUUUUCUACUCGCUCACUGUUUUGACUACUAUAGGCUAUGGAAAUAUUGCUCCACGAACGAUACUUGGCAAAGGAGUUACAAUUUUAUACGCUUUAAUCGGGAUACCACUAACAUUGGUCUACUUAUCCAGUGUGGGAUCUCUACUAUCUAAAAUGGCUAGAAGUGUCUUCAGUAAAGCCCUUUGCUGUUGCCUUUGUUCUAAAUGUGGCUACUGCUGUUAUGAUGAGAGGAGAAUGGCGGAGAAGGAAAGACGCAUGAAACUUAAGAGGCAGCAAGAGGAGAUGCUCAACAGUCAAAACACCAGCAAAACGCCCACUGAAGAGUGCUACGUUUUAAAGCCAGACAGUCAGAAAGACUCGUCUCUAUCAGAAAGGCCGACGACGAGCACUGCCAAAGAUGAUAUCAUAAGUUGGCCUGACACAGAUUCGAAGCUAUCUAUGCACGGUUUAAGUAUAUUAGCCCCAGUUUUCCUGUGUCUCGUCGCCAUAUUCAUUUACAUAGUCGCAGGGGCCGUUGUUCUUUUUAAAUUGGACGAUUUAAGUAUUAUCGACGGUUUUUAUUUUUGUUUCAUGGCAUUAAGUACGAUUGGCUUUGGUAACAUCGUUCCCGGGAUGAGCUACACGACAAUCCACGGAGUUAGAUACUAUACGAUUAAUUCGACAACGCUUUGGUUUUGUUCGGCCUAUACACUGACCGGUCUCGCUUUGACCGCGAUGUGUUUCGGUGUUAUCCACGACGAGAUAAUAUAUAGAAUUAAGCACCAGCAAAAGGAAUGGUCUCAGAAGGGAAACACUGUUAAUGAUGAGGUCAAUCUAAGCGAUCCAUUUUAUAUAAAUUCCUGACAAAUGUUCAAUAAGAGCAAAUCGGAGAACUUGUACAGUAUAAUGGAGGAUAGCUCCGUAGAACGUAGUAGAAUCGAAAUCGACAAUAGGGAGGUAGUUAUUAGUGUAGAUGAUGUGUCAGGAGCAAUGGAUUCGAGUGCCGAGUUCCCCCCACCACCCCCCGAAGAAGAAAUUAUAGCUAUUGUAACGAAAAAAGAACCUAAAGGUUUCGGCAAUAUGGUUGCAUAUAACGCUCUACCAGAAAUGCUCGAGCAUGUGAACACGUAAUCGAAAAUAGUUCAUCAAAAUUUGUUUUUUAUUAUUUCCACUUCGCGUCUUUUAAAUUUUCCGUAAAAUCGUAUAAAAAAAACUUUGUUGAUAUUUGUCGAAUUUCUUUUCCAAUGUAUUUUUAAAAUAUGUAAAUAAUCUGUAAAUAGUUGUAAAUAAAGAUAAAAUUGUGAUAGACACGAUGUAUAACAUCUUUUAUCAAAUUCUAUUCGACGAGUUAAUAUCAUAAUAAGUGAUUGUAAAAAAAGUUUCAUGUGAAUAGUCUCUUUGUAAAAAUAUCAGUUUAAUAAAAAUUUAAAUAUAACAUC